AAAAACACACUUCAGCACAUCAAAAGUUAUCCGGACGAAAAUAUUGUACCCUAUUUUUCAAACGACGUCGUGUAUGCGGAACUCCAUCCGGUGAUACUUACAUUGAUAAUUAUCACCAAAGCGAAACAUGAAAUGUAGUUGGAGGUCGCGAGUAUGUCGACCGAAUCCCUCGUCAGCGCCACCUUAAAGACAAGCACCACUCCACAAGACAAACGACACCGUUCAAUCUUCGACCUCUCACCGGACUUCUUCGAUUCUUGUCGUUUACUAUCUCUCUCUGCAACUUUAUCGUCCCAGUACGAAGUCAGCGCCGAGAAUUCCUCUUGCAAGACCAUUGACGACACCAAUGGUUGCGUUGAAGAUGAAAAAUUCAAAUACGGUGUCGGUUUAAGCAGAUGGACAUGUAAUACUUGUAAGACCGAAUUCGAGUCUCUUCAGGACCAGCGUCAGCACUUCAAAUCCGAUGUUCAUCGUUUCAAUGUAAAGCUAGUGCUUGCUGAUAAGGAUAUUGUGAAAGAGGAAGAUUUUGACGAACUGACAUUUGAUUCUCUUAAAGACUAUGAUAUAUCUAGCAUAUCAGGAUCUGAAGAUGAAACUGAUAAGGUACCCGACCACAGCAAUGAUUCACAUGGGGAAUUGGUUGGAAGUGUUCGGAAGAAAUUGUUUAUCCUUCUUAAGACCGGAGAGAGAGUUUCCAUUUGGAAAUGUUUGCUAUUGAAUGAGUCUGAAAGUAUUUCAUGUGAGAAUGAUAAAGCAAUUUUGAUCAGUAAUGAUGGGCGAUUGGGAGAGAGUGCAGUGAUUGAGAGAUUGAAGAUUUUGGCUGGUGAGCCAAGAGAUAGUACUCAGUUUAGGGUUGUGUUACUUGCAAGAGGUGGGCAUUUUGCUGGCAGCAUAUUUGAUGGUAACUUGGUUGUGACUCACAAAACAUUCCACAGAUACGUUGUGAGGGCCAAGGCUGGUAAUAAACAGUCAUCAAAAGAUAGAACUGGCAGGCAUGCACAUUCUGCUGGAGCUUCUCUUCGACGACAUAAUGAACUUGCUUUAAAGAAGGACAUACAAGAACUUCUUACAUCUUGGAAGCGUUAUUUUGAUGCAUCUGUUUGUGUGUUUGUUUAUGCUCCUUCAACAAAUCAUCAACUACUUUUUAAUGGAGAUAAACCCUAUUUUAGCCAUCAGAGGUGUGCUAUUCAAAAUAUUCCAUUGACUGUGCGGAGGCCUACUUUCAAGGAAACACAGCGUAUAUAUAAGCAAUUGGCACAAGUUGCAUAUGAAGCGGAUGAAAAAGACAUUUCAUCAUGCUCUAAUCAGGAAUUAAAUUUAAGUGCUGACUCCAUUACUAGCAACAAUGUCCCAAGCUCCAACAAAGAGGACUUGGAGGACAACUUGGACUUUAAGAAAACUUCUGACGCUUUGAGUUGCAAAAAACCUGGUGAACAGUGUAUGUCAAGUGAGAGUGAAAAUGAAGUCAUUGGCAAAUCAACAGCUUUACAUGAAGCAGCAGAGUCUGGCAAUGUUCAGAAGGUUUUGGAACUCCUAGAACAGGGUUUGGAUCCUUGCAUCAAAGAUGAAAGGGGACGCACUCCAUAUAUGCUGGCUGAUGAUAAGGAAGUUAGGAAUGCUUUUAGACGGUUUAUGGCCUCAAACCUUAAUAAAUGGGAUUGGCAUGCGGCUAAAGUACCUAGUGCAUUAACAAAAGAAAUGGAGGAAUCUCAAGCUGCUAAACAGGCAGAGAAAGAUGCCAAGCGCAAAGCAAGAGCUAAAGAAUUAAAAAAAUUGCGUAGAGAAAGAGAAAAGAAGGCACAGGCUGAGGCUGCACUGUCCCAGAAUUCCACAGCAGUUGUAGAUAACAGCUCAACACCAUCUGCAGUUAUAAAAGGACAGUCUCAAUCUGGGGUGUCACAAAUCUCUAAAGAGGAGGAACUGAAAAGACAACAGGCUGCUGAGAGAGAAAAAAGAGCAGCUGCUGCUGAGAGGAGAAUGGCACCAGCUGCUGCCCUCGGUACUCAGGGCAAUAACUUAACCACCACUGGAGUGAGCACUUCACAGACCAAAACAGGGCUAGCAAUGAACAUUAACUGUUCAUGUUGUGGUGCAUCAUUAGCUGGUAAAGUUCCUUUUCACAGGUAUAAUUACAAAUACUGCAGCACAUCAUGCUUGCAUGUGCACAGAGGGAUCCUUGAGGAUGGAUAACAUAGACAGCAAUAAUGUUUUAUGUACAAACAAUUGGGUAUUAACGGAGAUAAAUAAAUUGACUGUCAUUAUAUGAUUGAGUGAUUUCGAAUUAAAAAUAAAAUAAAUAAUUAGAUAAUUCAAUUACAUGAUGUCAUGUUAGUUUGUUUGUAUUUGUUAUAUACUUCCAUUUGUACAUAUAGUAUUACUAUGUAAACGAUUGCAGUUUUUAUUUUGUAUUUUUAAAUUUUUUUUAUAAUUGGGUAUAAUUGUCUUGUUCAUUUAUAAGACUUGCUAUGUUUUCCCUACUGCAAUAAGCGGUGAGUCAUUCUAUUUGAAAGGAUAUAAGAGUUUGGAGGUUGAAAGGCACCAUUGUAGAGCAUUUGCUUGCCUUUGCAUAUAAUUACAAAUAAGGAUUAUGUUUGAGUUUUCCAUGAAACUAAACUUGUUAUUCCAGCUUCUGAAAUUUCUGGUUAAUUCUUGUGAAAUUUAUCCAAUUAGAUGAUGAGAUGUUAACUGUUAAAACCCUAUAAAUUACUUAAUCGAAUUAUAACAAGCUAAAGUUAACUAACCCUUCAGUAUCCAAUUUUUUUAGUAACUGAUGUAUUAAUGAUAAUCACAUAGUCAAAUCCAAGUCCAAGAAAAAUAUACAGUGUGAAACUGAUAUUUCAUGAGCAAUCUAACUUUUCAAUGAAAAACAAGUUGCCAUUAAUGGAGAAUGUAUGUAGUCGCAGUUUUGUAUUGUUUUUCCUCUGUCGAUUACAUCAAUAUUGUCACUGAAAGCAUGGCAGUGUGACUGUUUCCUUUUCUAUUUCUCUUUCUCUCCGAUGCCUACGAGGCAAAUUAGUAAUUUUGGACUGUAGACUGCCCCCUAUGUGAUAUAUUGAAGAUUAAAGGUGAAUGGUGAGGCCCGCUUUGUUGCGUCUGCAAUGGAGUCUAUCAGGAUCCCACUGCAAACAAACAUGACCAAGCUUUGGACAAAUAGUAUACAUCAAUUACUGAAUCUCUGUAAAAUGCUUUAUUCAUGAUAUUACUUUCCUUCUAACAACUGAAUCUCUUUCUCACCCAGUUAGGGGUCAAACAAUAGUUACUUGGACAAAUGGAAAUUAGUAAAAGAGAAAAUUGAAUUGGGUCAGAUGAAUCCAAUUUCCUUCAGCAGCCACUCUUAAUAUAGAAGCUUCCUUUGGAUACUUCUUUAGAUGUUCCUGUUUCAGAAACAUCAAUUACUGGGAGAGGAAAUGAGAUAGAUACUCAAAUAUGUGUACAGCAAUUUAUCUUGUAACUACACUACUUCCCUUGAUCGAAAAAUUUUAUCAUCUCCUUGUGAUUCAUAAUAUUCUGUUUUUCUAACCUUACCUCCAGUUUGAACUCUACAAAUUCAAAUCAAAUCGGCUUCAGGCCUGAGCAGGCACAGCUCUUGUCCAGCCCUGGCUGGAAGUUGGAACUGCCCCACUAUCAUAUUGGUUUCUUUAUAUAUUUGAAAGUGUACUCAACGACAACGUUUUACCUUUAACAUCGGGCAGAAAAAUUUUAAAAACCGAUUGAGAACGACGCCGUUCCCCCCGUCCUUUAUAUAUAUGAAAAAAAUGUAUAUGAACAGGCUCGUCUCGACCGAUUCUGGAGUCUACCGAAGUUGAGAGCAUCCAUUGGACGUUCCACAGCUGUCAGUAACUCUACACACAAAUCUUGGCGACAUCAAGUGCGAGAUUGCUUGCGACGAGGUCCUCAAAACGGCAGAGAAUUUUUUGGCACUGUGUGCCGGUGGUUACUAUGAUGGGACAAUAUUUCACCGGAACAUCAAAGGUUUUAUGAUUCAAGGUGGGGACCCAACAGGAACAGGGAAAGGUGGUGCUAGUAUAUAGGGGAAGAAGUUCAAUGAUGAGAUUAGAGUCUCUCAAGGUCCAUCAAGGUCUAACCACAUCGGCAUAAUUAUGAUUGAUUCUUUUGACUGCAAAAGGUCUCAAACAUCUUUAAAUUGUGAGUAUGUUUAUUGAGCCUCAACAAUUGCAUAAUUUUGCAUUACACAUAGUUUAAUCAUUCUACUUCUUUUUUUUGGCACAAUGCAAGGGGGAUAUUGGCAAUGGCCAAUAGUGGGCCUAAUACUAAUGGAAGCCAAUUCUUUAUAACUUAUGCAAAGCAACUGCAUCUUAAUGGAUUGUACACUGUGUUUGGCAAAGUGAUCCAUGGUUUUGAAGUCCUUGACCUCAUAGAAAAGACACAAACAGGACCAGGGGACCAACCGCAUGCAGAGAUCAGACUUAACCGUGUGACCAUGCAUGCUAAUCCACUUGCUGGCUAAGCCCAAGCAUGAGUGCUUUUGGCUGUGAUUUUAUUCGAGUGAGGACCCCUAUACACUAAUGGUUUUUGGACCAUAACCUUUGCUUAUUUACUUUGAAUUAACGAGUAAAGUUUGAUAAUGAAAAUGGUAGGAUUGCAUCCUUGAUAGUUCAAUACCAUUAUGUUAUUGGAAUUUCAGUUGUAUAAGUCACAUGAAAAAUAUGUGGUCUGUAGAUGUUAUUGGUGUCAGUCUACUAGAUUUUCAUUUUUACAGAUGAUUUUUGUUGGAUUAAAAAGAAAAAAGGAACUCUCAGUUGAUGGUAGUUUUUCUUCAUGUAAAUAGUUUCUUCCUUUACUAGGAUGUAAACAAACCUGGGCCCCAAGUGGUGUGGCCCAGGUCCGGCUAUAUUAUAUACGUAAAUCUUUGAGGA